CGUGCUGUGGUCACUAUCCAAACAUCUACUGCUGCGAUCAGUGUGAUUCAACUUUCCGGAAUGCAGACGGACAUCUAGGCAGCGGUGCCGUGGCUGGAAUUAUACUUGGAGUCCUGAUAAGCCUAGUUAUCAUUUUCGUGAUAUUUGUAUACGUAUAUGGACGAUGGAGACGGGACAAGGACCCCGUCGGCCGUGCCAUGUAUCGACUGUACCGAAUGUCAACUCGAAGGCGACGUCGUCCUAAACCCCAAACAGGACAAAACGGACAGACAUCCCCUAACGGACCCUCUACUAUCUCUGUGUCAAACGGGGGAACACAAAAUCGGGCAUUCAGCGAAGAGCAAGGGACUUAUCCCCGAUCCAGACGCCGCGCCCCUGCAACUGCAGAAACGCCCAUGCAUCAGGAGCAACUUUCAAAACCCCCAAGACCUGGUCAUCUUGAUUCAAGACGAACAGACACAAAUCCAUCUGCACCAAGCGAGAUCAAUAACAUACAGGGAGAUCCGCCUCCUAAAUAUGGAAAUAUCGAUUCCCCUCAAGGUCAAAAUUACCUCGGUUCCAAAGCCAAGCCAUCAAUACCAGUGCAUGAGUUAGAUACCCGGAGAUUGGAAAACCAGCCAAAUACUAGUUACAAGCACCUUCCUCUCGGUGGUAAUGCUCAAAGUUAUGAACCUGAAAAAGUUACACGCAGUGAACAGCAUAGAACCAUGCCUGACAUUACUAAAGCACAUACUGAUCUUAAUGAUAAAUCUUAUCAGGCUUUAGGUAAAAGACAGGACGAGCAUACAUACACAACCCCCACAAAUGUCAACCAACGCGACAGAUAUGAAUUGCCGAAGGACAGGAGAGAAAGACAUAAUCUUAAAUCUGAUUCGAGGCUAGGACCACCAUCACAGUCUCGCCAAUAUAAUGGAGACAGGAAAACGUCACAACCUUCUGACAGACAAUUUCCCCAUCUAUCUGAUAAACAAACAGAACAACAUUCUGGUAACAGAAAUACAUCACACCCAACUCAUCCGUCUGACAAAAAUACCUCAUAUCACCCCGACAGGCAAAUCUCGCAUCCAUCAAACAGAGAUACGUCACAUACGUCACAUCCGCCAAACACGUCGUAUCCGUCCGACAGACAAACAUCACAUCCGUCGACAAAUACAAACAAAGAUGCACAAUAUUUGCGGGAACCCCGUCCUUCUUACCCCUCAACGAAUGAUGGUAGGAGUGGACCUGGAUAUCAUGCCUAUAAUCCAUCUCCAGGGAGGGGCGCCCCUCCAAGGCAGCCUGAGUAUGAGAGCUCGUCAUCUAGACAGGGAAAUCGUGAUUAUCGACCAACAAACGAUUAUCGAGGUGUCAAUUUGGGUAAGCCAGGUGGAACAAGACAGUCACAGAUAUAGACUGACGACAAAGAGAACAAAAAUGUAUCCGUUAUACGUCCUGAACACACACUUGUCGUGCUAAUGACAUUUCUGUUUACUGUUAAAAUGAUCCAGAAGAAUGUGGGGACAGGAUACUUAAUGACCUCUUCACGGUGACA